CCAGGGGAGCGAGUGCGGUGGCCCACUCCCUCCUCGCCACCACCCGCUGACGUGCCAGCCCCAGCAUGGGUGCCCUGUGUGGGUGCUGGGCGCUGAUGUGGGUCCUUGUGGUUCUGCUCCUUGUGCAGAAGGCAGAGACCCAGCGGGGCUCGGUGCCAAGCCGGGCAAGCACAGAGAGGGCCAUGGACAGUCAGAGCAUGGACGCUGCCAAGCGUGUGACCUUCAUCCCGCCCGUCACCAUCCUUCCUACCAUGAGCUCCCAGAACCCGGCACAUGACGGGCGGGUGUGCAGCACCUGGGGCGACUUCCACUACAAGACCUUCGACGGCGACGUCUUCCGCUUCCCCGGCCUGUGCAACUAUGUCUUCUCCGCGCACUGCGGCGCUGCCUACGAGGACUUCAAUAUCCAGCUCCGCCGAGGCCUGGUCGGCUCCAGGCCCACCAUCACCCACAUCAUCCUCAAGACCCAGGGACUGGUGCUGGAGGCCUCCAAUGGCUCUCUCCUCAUCAACGGGCGGCGGGAGGAGCUGCCCUACAGCAGCGCUGGCCUCCUGGUGGAGCAGAGCAGCGUCUACAUCAACGUCAGGGUGCGCCUGGUGCUGACCUUCAUGUGGAACCGGGAGGACAGCGCCCUGCUGGAGCUGGACCCCAAGUACGCCAACCAGACGUGCGGUCUGUGUGGGGACUUCAAUGGGCUCCCAGCUGUUAACGAGUUCUAUGCCCACAAUGCCAGGCUGACCCCUCUACAAUUUGGGAACCUCCAGAAGCUGGAUGGGCCCACUGAGCAGUGCCAGGACCCCCUGCCCUCCCCGGCCAACAACUGCACAGAUGGAGAGGGCGUCUGCCGCCGCACCUUGCUUGGCCCAGCCCUUGCCCAGUGCAACGCACUGGUGGACCCGGACGAGUAUGAGACCGCCUGCAUUCAGGAUCUGUGCCGCUGCCCCACCUGCCCAUGUGCCACCUUUGCUGAGUACUCCCGCCAGUGUGCCCACGCGGGGGGACAGCCGCAGAACUGGAGGGGCCCUGACCUCUGCCCCCAGACCUGCCCCGGCAACAUGCAGCACCGGGAGUGCGGCUCGCCCUGCGCCGACACCUGCUCCAAUCCGGGUCGCGCCCAGCUCUGUGAGGACCACUGUGUCGACGGCUGCUUCUGCCCCCCAGGCACAGUGCUGGAUGAUGUCACCCACACGGGCUGCCUGCCCCUGGCACAGUGCCCCUGCUCCCAUGGCGGCCGACCCUACGCCCCAGGCACCUCCUUCUCCACCGCCUGCAGCUCCUGCACCUGCUCUGCGGGCCUGUGGCAGUGCCAGGACCUCCCGUGCCCCGGCACCUGCUCUGUCCAGGGCGGGUCCCACAUCUCCACCUACGACGAGAAACUCUACGAUGUUCACGGGGACUGCAGCUACGUCCUGUCCAAGAAAUGUGCGGACAGUGACUUCACGGUGCUGGCUGAGCUGCGGAAAUGCGGCCUGACAGACAAUGAGAACUGCCUCAAGGCGGUGACGCUCAACGUGACCAGAGGGAGCAUGGCCAUCCGGAUCCAGGCCAAUGGUGGGGUGUUCAUGAACUCCAUCUACACCCAGCUGCCCGUGUCAGCAGCCGGCGUCACCGUGUUCAGGCCCACGUCCUUCUUCGUGCUGGUGGAGACGGGCCUCGGGCUGCAGCUGCAGGUGCAGCUGGUGCCCUUCCUGCAGGUGGUCAUCAGGCUGGACCCCGCCUACCACGGCCAGAUGUGCGGCCUGUGCGGGAACUUCAACCAGAACCAGGCCGACGACUUCCGGACCCUCAGCGGUGUGGUGGAGGGCACGGCCGCCGCCUUCGCCAACACCUGGAAGACCCAGGCUGCCUGCCCCAACGUGAAGAACAGCUUCGAGGACCCCUGCUCCCUCAGCGUGGAGAACGAGAACUACGCCCAGCACUGGUGCUCCCUGCUGACCGACCCUGCUGGCGCCUUCUCACCCUGCCACUCCACUGUUGACCCUGCACCCUUCCACACGAACUGCAUGUUCGACACGUGUAACUGUGAGAAGAGUGAGGACUGCAUGUGUGCCGCCCUGUCCUCCUACGUGCGUGCCUGCGCCGUCAAGGGCGUGCUGCUCCGCAGCUGGAGGGCCGGCGCCUGUGCCAAGUACAUGAGCAGCUGCCCCAAGUCCCAGAGCUACACCUAUGUGGCAGAUGGCUGCCAGCCCACCUGCCACAGCCUGAGCCAGGCUGACAUCACCUGCGGCAUCGCCUUCGUGCCCGUGGAUGGCUGCACCUGUGCGCAUGGCACCUUCCUGGACGAGGCCGGUGCCUGCGUGCCGGCAGAGGCCUGCCCCUGCUACCACCGCGGCUCCACAGUGGCUCCGGGAGAGGUUGUACAUGACAACGGCGUGGUGUGCUCGUGCGUGAGAGGGAAGCUGAGCUGCCUGGGAGCCGAGCGGCUGCAGAACACAGGGUGUGCGGCCCCCAUGAUGUACCUGGACUGCAGCAACGCCUCGGCGGGCACGCCCGGGGCUGAGUGUCUCAGGAGCUGCCACACGCUGGACGUGGGCUGUUUCAGCAACAACUGCGUGUCCGGCUGCGUCUGUCCCCCGGGGCUGGUGUCAGAUGGGAGCGGGGGCUGCGUGGCAGAGGAGGACUGCCCCUGUCUGCACAACGAGGCUGCCUACAAGCCUGGGGAGACCAUCAGGGUCGACUGCAACACCUGCACAUGCAGGAACCGCCGGUGGGAGUGUAGCCGCCGGGCCUGCCUGGCCACCUGCGCGGCCUACGGGGACGGCCACGUCAUCACCUUCGACGGCGCGCGGUACAGCUUCAGCGGGGACUGCGAGUACACGCUGGCCCAGGACCACUGCGGGGGCAACGGAACAGCCAAUGGGACCUUCCGCAUUGUCACUGAGAAUGUCCCCUGUGGGACCACAGGUGUCACCUGCUCCAAGGCCAUCAAGCUCUUCCUGGAGAGCUAUGAGCUGAUCCUCCGUGAGGGGUCCUACAAGGUGGUGCAGAGGGGGCCAGGCGCAGACCCGCCCUACAAGGUCCGGUACAUGGGCAACUACCUGGCCAUUGAGGCCCGCAGUGGCGUGGUUGUGUCCUGGGACCGGAAGACCAGCGUGUUCAUCCGGCUGCACCAGGAUUACAAGAGGCGCAUCUGCGGGCUGUGCGGGAAUUUUGAUGGCAACGCCGUCAACGACUUCACCACACGGAGCCAGUCCGUGGUGGGUGACGUGCUGGAGUUCGGCAACAGCUGGAAAUUCUCCCCAUCCUGUCCUGAUGCCCUGGCCCCUGGGGACCCCUGCACCGCCAACCCGUACCGCAAGGCCUGGGCCCAGAAGCAGUGCAGCAUCGUCCACAGUGCCACCUUUGCCACCUGCCAUUCUCAGGUCGACUCCACCAAGUACUACGAGGCGUGCGUGCGGGACGCGUGCGCCUGUGACUCCGGGGGUGACUGCGAGUGUUUCUGCACUGCCGUGGCCGCCUACGCGCAGGCCUGCCACGACGCGGGCGUGUGCGUGUCCUGGCGGACCCCGGACCGCUGCCCCUUGUUCUGUGACUACUACAAUCCCCGCGGGGAGUGCGAAUGGCACUACCAGCCUUGUGGGGCCCCCUGCCUCAGGACCUGCCGCAACCCCAGUGGCCGUUGCUCGGAGGACCUACCGGGCCUGGAAGGCUGCUACCCAAGGUGCCCGCCCAGUAAGCCAUUCUUCAGUGAGGACCAGAUGAAGUGCGUGGCGCAGUGCGGAUGCUACGACGAGGACGGCAACUACCAUGACGUGGGCGCAAGGGUCCCCACAGCGGAGAACUGCCAGAGAUGUGACUGCACGCCCAGUGGCCUCCUGUGCACGCACAGUCUGUCAGCCUGCACGUGCACCUAUGAGGGCAAGGCCUAUGGCUACCACGACGUCAUCUACAACACUACAGAUGGGCUGGGCGCCUGCUUGACCGCUGUUUGUGGAAACAAUGGAACCAUCACCCGGAGGGCCAUGGAAUGUCCGGGAGCCCCAUCCACCGUGCCCUUCACCUUCACCACCACCGCAGCCCCACCCUCCACCACAGGUGUGGCUCCCACCCCUUCCACUGUGUGUGUGCGUGAGCUCUGCCUCUGGUCCGACUGGUACGACGGUGGUCGCCCAGAGCCUGGCAUGGGAGGUGGGGACUUUGAGACGUUCGCCAUCCUGAGGCAGAGGGGCUACCGGGUGUGCCCAGCCCCCACCAGUGUGGAGUGCCGGGCACAGCAGCUGCCCGACAUACCCCUGCAGGAGCUGGGCCAGAAGGUGGAGUGCAACCCCGCCCAGGGGCUGAUGUGCCUCAACAGCGAGCAGAGCCCUCCGCUCUGUCACAACUAUGAGCUGCGGGUCCUCUGCUGUGACUACGUGCCCUGCAGCCCCGCCCCCGGGGUAACCACCCAGGAGCCGCUCCUCACGUCUCUGGCCACCCCUGCCCAGACCACAUCAAGGCCAGGAACCAGUCUCUGGCCAACCGGGGCCUUCCCCUCGCAGACCUGGGCCCCUGAGACCACCAGCACUGGGUCCACGGCCCCCUCCCCUAAGCCCUCCCCCACCAUCAGUGCCACUGUCACCCCCACCACCUCGGCUGUCACCACAGCCACCUCCCCCUCCACCAUCCCCCUCACCGGGCCACAAGCCACAGAGCCAGGGACACAGAGGAGGAGCAGCCCAGGGGUGACCAUGGCUCCCAGCACCACAUCGGUGCCUUCCCUUUCUAGAGGACAGACCUCCCCGGCAUCGUCCCCGCACCCCAGCUACGUGCACACGCUUGUGACCUCCUCUAUGGGGAGCCCCACAUCUCCAGGCUCCACAAAGGCCACUGCCCUGGGCACAUCUCCAUCAGUCCUUCCCACUCACUCAACCUGGUGGGGGACUUCGGGGGGCACCCCGCAACACCCCACUGCACGGUCAGUGACGACAAGAACCUCCACAGCACACUCAGCACCGGGAACGCUGGCAGGCACGCCGGCCCCCCCGCUGUCCACCAUGCAUACCAGGACCGGUACGCCGAGAGCCGAGAUGCCCACGGUCACAGCCCACACCACGGGCGGGCAGGGCACGACUGUGUGCCAGCCCAGGUGUGAGUGGACAGAGUGGUUUGAUGUGGAUUUCCCAACCUCGGGAGUCACGGGUGGAGACAUGGAGACGUACGACAAUAUCAGGGCCACCGGGGCCAGGAUGUGCCCAGACCCGGAGAAGAUUGAGUGCCGGGCAGAGAAUUACCCUGAGGUGAGCAUUGACCAGAUCGGGCAGGUGCUCAGCUGCAGCCUGGAGACGGGGCUGCUUUGCAGGAAUGAAGACCAGAGGGGAGAGUUCAACAUGUGCUUCAACUACAACAUCCGCGUGCUCUGCUGUGACGACGUCCGGCACUGCCCACGCCCGGCUCCUGGCUCUACUGCCCCUACGGCGCCUGUGCACAGCAGCCCCACAGGGACCACCAGGCUGCCCGAGCACUUGUCGUCAGCCAUCACCCAGAGGCAGCUCAUCUUCCCCAGUGCCCCUCUAGCGACCACACUGCUGACUUCUGGCAUACGCACCACCCCUGGGUCGCCGCCGACCAGGCCCAGAUUUGGGACCACCCAGCCCUCCGGCACCCUGCAGACCAGUUCCACCAAGCUGACCCUGGCCACCUCCUCCUCCACGGGCUGCAUGCCACGGUGCGCGUGGACAGACUGGUUUGAUGAGGACUACCCCACGCCCGGUCCCAAUGGUGGGGACUUUGAGACCUUUGCGGUCCUCCGCUCAGCAGGCCACAUCUUCUGUGAGCACCCCCAGGACAUUGAGUGCCGCUCGGAGAGGGCGCCACAAAUGGCCCUGGAGGAUGUGGGGCAGGUGGUCCAGUGCAACCUCAGCUUUGGGCUGGUGUGCCGGAACCGCGAGCAGCCGGGGCCCGUGCCGUACUGCCACAACUUCCACGUGCGCCUGCUCUGCUGUGACAACUACAGCCACUGCCUCUCCACUCCUGGCACCACAGAAGGCCCCUCCCCAUCCCCGGGGACUGCCAGCACCUCUGUGACACCCCCAACUGGGGCCACCUCCCCGGCCCGCUCUCUUCCCUUCAUCUGGGCCUCGCAGACUUCGACUGGACUCCCCAGCACAGUACCUGGCCCCUCUCUGUUCCCGGAGACUGCCAGCACUUCCGUGACACCCCCAACCAGGACCACCUCCCCGGCCCGCUCUCUGCCCCUCAUCUGGGCCUCACAGACCUCAACCAGGCUCCCCAGCACCGUACCCAGCACCAUCUCAGGCCCCUCUCCAUCCCCAGAGACCACCAGCACCCCCAUGACACCCACCACUAGGGCCACCUCCCAUCCCUGGGCCUUGCAGACCUCGACCAGACUCCCUAGCAUGGUGCCUGGCACUACCUCCCGCACAGGGUUCAGCACCCGGGCUUCCCCAUCCCCCCCCACACCUGAGGCCACGAGCUCCCCACUGGGCAGCACUGCCUGGUCCCCUUCAAGCCUUGCGACACCCAGCACAGGCCCCACCACAGCUGCCUCCAGGUGCCAGCCUGCCUGCCGCUGGACAGACUGGCUGGACAGCGACCAACCUCUUCCUGGCCGCUACGGGGGAGACAUAGAGACCUACUACCACAUUGCGGACGCCGGCGGCCGGCUCUGUGCAGACCCAGAGGCUAUCCAGUGUGAGGCUGCCCGCUUCCCAGAUGUGCCCCUCCGGCGCCUAGGCCAGGUGGUGCAGUGCAAUGUGGACUAUGGGCUUAUCUGCAGAAACAACCGGCAGAGGCCAGGCCACACCUGCCUCAACUACCACAUCCGUGUACUCUGCUGUGAAGACCACAGCCGCUGCACCAGCUCGGCCUCCCCUUGGCCUCCCACGCUGGCCUCCAGUGCCAGCACCAGCAUGGGCGAGAGCUCAGUGGGGGUGUCACUGCUCCAGACCACUACCACCACCCAGACUCAUGGCUCCUCCCCCAGGUCCACUGAGAAGGUCUCCAUCCCCACCACUGGGACUGGUCCCUCCCCACCCAGCACCACCGAGAGGGUCUCCAUCAGCACUGAGACCCAUCCCUCCUUGAGGACCACCGAGGGGGUCUCCACUCUUACCACUGGGACUGGCCCCUCCCCGCCCAGCACCACCGAGAGGGUCUCCAUCAGCACUGAGACCCAUCCCUCCUCGAGGACCACCGAGAGGGUCUCCACUCCCAUCACAGAGACCCAUCCCUCCUCGAGGACCACCGAGAGGGUCUCCACUCCCAUCACAGAGACCCAUCCCUCCUCGAGGACCACCGAGAGGGUCUCCACUCCCACCACAGAGACCCAUCCCUCCUCGAGGACCACCGAGAGGGUCUCCCCUCCCAUCACAGAGACCCAUCCCUCCUCGAGGACCACCGAGAGGGUCUCCACUCCCAUCACAGAGACCCAUCCCUCCUCGAGGACCACCGAGGGGGUCUCCAUCCCUACCACUGGGACUAGUCUCUUCCUACCCAGCACCACCGAGGGGGUCUCCAUCCCUGCCACUGGGACUGGUCCCUCCCCACCAAGGACCACCAAGAGGAUCUCCACCCCCACCACUGAGACCCAUUCAUCCUUCAGGACCACCGAGAGGGUCUCCACCCCCACCACUGAGACCCAUCCCUCCUUGAGGACCACUGAGAGAGUCUCUGUCCCUACCACUGGGACUGGUCUCUUCCUACCCAGCACCACCGAGGGGGUCUCCAUCCCUGCCACUGGGACUGGUCCCUCCCCACCAAGGACCACCGAGAGGAUCUCCACCCCCACCACUGAGACCCAUCCAUCCUUCAGGACCACCAAGAGGGUCUCCACCCCCACUGCUGAGACCCAUCCCUCCUCAAGGACCACCGAGAGGGUCUCCACCCCCAUUACUGAGACCCAUCUAUCCUUCAGGACCACUGAGGGAGUCUCCACCCCCACCACUGGGACUGGCCCCUCCCCACCCAGCACCACUGAGAGGGUCUCCAUUCACACCACUGAGACCCAUCCCUACCCACCAAGGACCACCGAGAGGGUCUCCAUCAGCACUGAGACCCAUCCCUCCCUGAGGACCACCGAGGGGGUCUCCAUCCCUACCACUGGGACUGGUCUCUUCCUACCCAGCACCACCGAGGGGGUCUCCAUCCCUGCCACUGGGACUGGUCCCUCCCCACCCAGCACCACUGAGAGGGUCUCUAUCUCCUCCACCGAGACCUAUCCCUCCCUGAGGACCACUGAGGGGGUCUCCAUCCCCAGUCAGUCUGCCUUCUUCCAAUUCUCAACCAGAACCGUCAACUCAGCAUCCCCCAGUGCCGCUCCAGUGACCACACUGCUGACCUCCGGCAUACACACCACCCCUGGGUCGCCGCCGACCAGGCCCAGAUUCGGGACCACCCAGCCCUCCGGCACCCUGCAGACCAGCUCCACCAAGCCGACCCCGGCCACCUCCUCCUCCACGGGCUGCAUGCCACGGUGCGUGUGGACAGACUGGUUUGAUGAGGACUACCCCACGCCCGGUCCCAAUGGUGGGGACUUUGAGACCUUUGCAGUCUUCCGCUCAGCAGGCCACGUCUUCUGUGAGCACCCCCAGGACAUUGAGUGCCGCUCGGAGAGGGCGCCACAAAUGGCCCUGGAGGAUGUGGGGCAGGUGGUCCAGUGCAACCUCAGCUUUGGGCUGGUGUGCCGGAACCGCGAGCAGCCGGGGCCCGUGCCGUACUGCCACAACUUCCACGUGCGCCUGCUCUGCUGUGACAACUACAGCCACUGCCUCUCCACUCCUGGCACCACGGAAGGCCCCUCCCCAUCCCCGGGGACUGCCAGCACCUCUGUGACACCCCCAACUGGGGCCACCUCCCCGGCCCGCUCUCUUCCCUUCAUCUGGGCCUCGCAGACCUCGACUGGACUCCCCAGCACAGUGUCCAUCACCAUUUCAGGACCCUCCCCAUCCCUGGAGACUGCCAGCAACCACACGACACCCAGCACUAGGGCCACCUCCCAUACCUUCUCUCUUCCCUGGGCCUUGCAGACAUCGACCGGACCCCCUAGCAUGGCGCCUGGCACCACCUCAGGCCCCUCCCCAUCAUUGGAGACCACCAGCAUCUUGCCACCCAUCACUGUGUCCAGCACAGGCCCCUCCGUCCCCGCCACUGUCAGCCCCACCGCCUUUCCCAGCUCAGCCUUCCCCUCCCACUGCUUUUGCCAGGCAUUCGGACAGAUCUUCUCCCCGGGGGAUGUUGUCUACAACAAGACUGACAGAGCCGGCUGCCACUUCUACGCAGUCUGCAACCAGCGCUGUGACAUUGACCGCUUCGAGGGUGCCUGCCCCACCUCGUCACCCCCAGAGACCUCGUCCCCUGAGCCCCCACCCUCGCUCUCUCCUGGCUGCGAUCUGGUGGUCCCUCGCCGACAGGUGAACGAGACCUGGACCCUGGAGGACUGCACAGUGGCCCGGUGCGAGGGUGACAACCACAUCGUCCUGCUGGAGCCGAGGCAGGUGGCCACCAUCAGCUGUGUGAAUGGGCAUCUGCCUGUCAAGGUGCUCAGCGAGGCCGAGCCGUGUGACUACCACUUGGAGUGCGAGUGUUCCUGCAGCGGCUGGGGGGGGUCCCACUACCGCACCUUCGACGGCACUGCCUACUCCUUCCUGCACAACUGCACCCACGUCCUCAUGAGGGAGAUCAGCCCGCGCCACGGGAACCUCAGCGUCCUCCUGAGCAGCCACUACUGCGGGGCCGGCAGCUGUGCCCGCGCCCUCACGGUCCGCCACAAGUCCAUGGAGAUCGUCCUCACAACCACCCCUGGCCCCAGUGGGCAGAAGAGCCUGGUCAUGUUCGACCACACGCCAGUGAGCCACGGAUUCAGCAAGAACGGUGUGAGCGUGUCCCUGAUGGGGACCACCGCGAUGGCCAUCGACAUUCCCGCCAUCCGUGUGGGCAUCGCCUUUGAUGGGAACAUCUUCCAGGUCCGGCUGCCCUAUAGCCACUUCAGCUACAACACUGAGGGCCAGUGCGGCACCUGCACCAACAGCCAGGCAGACGACUGCCGCCGGCCAGAUGGCACCAUGGCGCCCACCUGCCAGGACAUGGCUAGAACCUGGCUGCUCCCCGAAAGCAGCGAGGCAGGCUGCUGGGCACCCACCAGCCUACCCCCAACCGCCGGUAGCCCACCCACCAUGCCCACCUCCGCCCCGUGCCCCCCGGCACCCCUGUGUGAGCUGCUGCUGAGCCGGGUCUUCGCCGAGUGCCACAGUCUCAUCCCGCCCAGCCCGUUCCUCAGCGCCUGUGUGAGCGACAGCUGCCAGGCCGACCGCCCCGAGGUGCCCUGCCAGAGCCUGGAGGCCUAUGCGGCGCUCUGCCGUGCCCGGGGCGUGUGCAGUGACUGGCGCAACGCCACUGGCGGGCUGUGUGACUUCACCUGCCCGCCCACCAAGGUGUACAGGCCCUGUGGCCCAGUGCAGCCUGAGACCUGUGAGCCGAGGGGCCGGAGCCCACCAAGCCGGGGGCUGGCGGAAGGCUGCUUCUGUCCAGACGGGAGCGUCCUCUUCAGCUCCAAUGCUGACGUCUGCGUGCCGCAGUGCCCCUGCGUGGGACCAGACGGGUUUCCCAAAUUUCCUGGAGAGCAGUGGGUCAGCAACUGCCAGGCCUGUGUGUGCGACAAGGGCUCCAUGUCGGUGCGCUGCACCCCUGUGCUGUGCCAGGACCAGGCCCCACCCCAGGAGUGCAGCCAGGCUGGCUUUGUGACGGUGACCAGGCCUCUGGCUGACAACCCGUGCUGCCCGGAGACUCUGUGCGUCUGCAACAGGACCACCUGCCCCCACAGCCCGCCCCAAUGUAGGCUGGGAGAGGAGCUGACCCACACCGAGGAGGAGGGUGGCUGCUGCCCCACCUUCCACUGCCAACCUAAGCUGUGUACCUACAAUGGCACCUCCUAUGGGAUCGGUGCCACCUUCCCAGCGGUCCUUCCCUGCCACACAUGCAAGUGCCUGACCGUGGAUGCACAGGACCCAGCAGUGCAGUGUGCAAGGGACGCCUGCGACAGCACCUGCCCCCAGGGCUUCAAGUACUCGUGGGUGUCUGGGCACUGCUGCGGGGAGUGUGUGCAGGUGGCCUGCCCCACACCAGACGGCCGGCUGGUCCAGCCCAACGAGACCUGGGUCAACAGCCUGGUGGACAACUGCACUGAAUACCACUGUGAGGCCGAGAGCGGGCGCCCGGUGCUGACCGCGAGGCCCACGCCCUGCCCGGAGGUGUCCCGCUGCAGGGGCAUCCUCAGGAAAACAGGCUGCUGCUACUCCUGCGAGGAAGUGGACUCCUGUCAAGUCCGCGUCAACAGGAUGGUCCUGCGGCACCAGAGCUGUGUCACCCAGGCCCCUGUCAACGUCACUUUCUGCGAGGGCUCGUGCCCGGGAGCGUCCAGGUACUCCAUGGAGACCCAGGCCAUGCAGCCACAGUGCACCUGCUGUCGGGAGACCAGGGCCCACGAGGAGGCUGUGACCAUGCAGUGUCCCGAUGGCACGGCCCUCCAGCACACGUAUACCCACGUGGACCAGUGUAGCUGCACCCCGUCCUGCGGCCCCCUCCCCAAGGCUCCUGAGGGCAGCGCCCCCACCUCCCUGACCUAGGGAGCCACAACAUCACCUCUUGCCCUCCCUCACGCCCUCCCUAUAUGUGCCAGAACAUGCACCACCCAACCACGGAAAUCUUGGGUGGGCUGCUCCAGGAGCCGACACACACCUUCCACCAGUCCCCAGGUGGAACCCCGCCUGGAGGGCAUGGUGCAGGAGGUCCUGCCUGCAGAGGUGCGCCAGGUGGGGGCCCUGGCCUUGGAGCCCUCAGCUGGUCUUGGCACCUGCUGGGCCAUCAUCUGAAACACAAGUGCCUGCCCGGCCCAGAUGCACCCCUUCCAGGUGUCAGAGGGGCGCCCUGGAGCAAGACUGCACUGCGGCCACUGCGCUGCUCCUCAUGGCAGGCCUGAGGGGCCCUCUGGCACCUGCUGCUGCAGACUGUGGUCAGGCCUGUCCAGGCAAGGCCAGCUGCCUCCAGGGCGCAGCACCAGGCAGGGUGGCUGCCUGCCCACAUCUGGACCUGGGCCUGAGGCUACCCUGGCAGAGGGCAGGCCGGGGAGGGGCCAGGGCCCCCCACACCUGCCCUGCUCACCCAGCCCCAAUAUGCAAAUAAAUGCUGAGCAUUG